UCCCCCCUCCGUCCGUCCCCGUCCGUCCGUCCGUCCGUGUCCCCGGCCAUGUCGAGCGAGGAGAGCUACCGCGCCAUCCUGCGCUACCUGACCAACGAGCGGGAGCCGUACGCGCCGGGCACGGAGGGCAACGCGAAGCGCAAGAUCCGCAAGGCGGCGGCCUGCUACGUGGUGCGCGGCGGCACCCUGUUCUACCAGCGGCGCCAGCGGCGGCGGCGGGGCUUCUCGGAGCUGGAGGUGGUCCUGCAGCCCGACCGCCGCCGCGGGCUCAUCCAGGCCGCCCACCUCGGGACCGCCGGACGACACCUCACCCGCCACCAGACCUGGCACCGCCUCUCCGGAACCUACUGGUGGAGAGGCAUUUUAAAGCAAGUCAAAGAUUACAUCAAAGAGUGUAGCCAGUGCCAGGAGAAGCUAGACCGCUCUCGUCCCGGCAGGUAUGCGUCCGAAAUGCUGGAAGAACUGGGCCUCGAGCUAGAGUCCGCCGAGGACAGCAACGAGACGGACGAGGAGCUGACCAACUCCGCCUCGGAACUGGGAGCGUUGUCCCGGGCCGGGAAAAAGAAGCCGAUCUCCAAGCACGAACUCGUCUUUGUGGACACCAAAGGCCUCCUGAAGAGGUCUUCCCCGAAACACUGCCAGGCGGUCUUAAACCAGCUGAACCAGCAGAGACUCUCCAAUCAGUUCUGCGACGUUACCCUGCUGAUCGAGGGCGAGGAGUACAGAGCCCAUAAAUCCGUCCUGUCCGCAAACAGCGAGUACUUCCGGGAGCUCUUCAUUGAGAAGGGAGCGGUCUCCAGCCACGAGGCCGUGGUGGAUUUGUCAGGUUUUUGUAAGGCAAGCUUCCUCCCUCUGUUGGAGUUCUCUUACACUUCCGUACUAAGUUUCGACUUCAGCAACAUGGCAGAGGUUGCUAUGCUGGCCCGCCACCUCUUCAUGUCGGAAGUCUUGGAGAUCUGUGAAAACGUGCACAAGCUAAUGGAGGAGAAACAGAUCACCAUAUACAAGAAAGGAGAGGUCCACACGGUCGAAUCCACUCAGAGUUUAUCCGAACACAACGGAGGCACGGUUCCGUCCGGGGGCGACAGGCCCGAGGUCUUAAUCGGUUUUGCCGGGGACGGCGCGGCGGGGUUGGAGGCGAACGGGCAGUCGCCGGAUACCGGGCAGGGCGGCGAGAGCGCCCGGCAGGCCGAGCCUCGGCUUUCUUCCGAGUCCCAGCUUCCUUCCGAGUCUCAGAUCUCUCCGGCGCCCGUGGACGUCGGGAGCGACCGGCCGGAGCCCGCAGCGGGCCCUCCCGAGGAGGGGACGGCCGACGGCGGGAUGAAGCGAGAAACCUCGGAAAGCAGGGACGAGAACUCGCUUCCGGAGCCGGGCCCCGAGCCUGCGGCAGAAGAGGCCAUGGAAACCGCCGCCUCCGGGAACGGGGCCGCGGAUCCGGAGGGAAACGGAGAAGCCGCCCCUGAGGGCCACGCGGGAGAACCCGAGGGCCCGGACGGGGAACCGCCGGGAGCCGGCGACGGCUCUCCCGAGGGCGACGGAGCCCUCGGCCCGGACGAUACGUACAGGAGCAGGCUCCGGCAGCGCUCCGUCAACGAAGGCGGCUACAUCCGACUGCACAGAGGCCUGGAGAAGAAGCAUCAGAAUAGGAAAGCCAACCCUAAAUCGGCGGUACAGCAGGUCGCCAUGAAGCUAGUUCAAAGGGGGAAGAAAAUGAAGCAGCCCAAAAGAGACGCUCCCGAGAAUCCGGACGAGGAAAGCUCGCACAAAUGCGGGGAGUGUGGGAUGGUUUUUCAGAGACGUUACGCACUUAUAAUGCACACCCUAAAGCACGAGAGGACUAAAGAUUACAAAUGCCCAUUGUGUAAAAAAGAGUUCCAGUACAGCGCUUCUUUGCGGGCGCACCUCAUCCGCCAUACCCGAAAAACCGAGGCGCCGGCGUCCGCCGCCACGGAAGACUCGUCGGGAACGUCGGCCGAGAAGGGCAGGACCAAGCGGGAGUUCAUAUGUUCUAUCUGCGGGCGAUCGUUGCCCAAGCUCUAUUCUCUCAGGAUACACAUGCUGAAACACACCGGAGUCAAACCCCACGCGUGCCAGGUCUGUGGAAAGUCUUUCACCUACAAGCAAGGUCUAAAAUUGCACCUGGCUCUCCAUGAAGCACAGAAGCAGUUCCAGUGUGAACUGUGCGAAAAGUCCUUUGUCACAAAGCGGAGCCUUCAAGAACACAUGAGCAUUCACACAGGAGAGUCCAAGUACCUCUGCUCAAUCUGCGGCAAGUCUUUUCACAGAGCCUCAGGACUCAGCAAGCACCUCAAAAAGCACCAGCCAAAGCCGGAGGUUCGUGGUUACCAGUGCACUCAGUGCGACAAAAGCUUCUUCGAAGCUCGGGAUCUGCGGCAGCACAUGAACAAACACCUGGGGGUGAAGCCGUUCCAGUGCGAAUUCUGCGAGAAGUGCUACAGCUGGAAGAAAGAUUGGUAUUCCCACGUGAAGUCUCAUUCCGUCACCGAUCCGUACCGAUGUAACGUGUGCGGCAAGGAGUUCUACGAGAAGGCCUUGUAUCGCCGGCACGUGAAAAAGGCCACGCACGGGAAGAAAGGGAGAGCAAAGCAGAACCUAGAACGGGUUUGCGACCAGUGCGGAAGAAGGUUCACCCAACUGCGGGAAUACAGAAGGCACAUGAACAACCACGAGGGGGUCAAGCCCUUCGAGUGCCUGACGUGCGGCGUGGCCUGGGCGGACGCCCGCUCCCUGAAGCGCCACGUGAGGACUCACACCGGCGAGAGGCCCUACGUCUGCCCCGUCUGCAACGAGGCCUACAUCGACGCCCGGACCCUGCGCAAGCACAUGACCAGGUGCCACCGGGACUACGUGCCCUGCAAGAUCAUGCUGGAGAAGGACACCCUCCAGUUCCACAACCAGGGCACCCAGGUGGAGCACGCCGUCAGCAUCCUGACGGCCGACGUCCAGGCCCCCGAGGGCUGCGGGCCGCACCAGGUGGAGGCCGUGGUGGUGACGGGGGACGGGCUGGAGGCCAUCGCCGCCGCCGAGGAGGGCGCCUCGGUGGCCACGCUCUCCGACCGGAGCAUCAUGCAGGUGGUCAACUACGUCCUGGCCCAGCAGAAGGUGGCCGAGGUCGCCGAGGCCAUCGGGACGGUGGAGGUGGAGGUGGCGCACGUCUCCGACCCGGAGUGAAGGCGGCCAGGCGGCCCCCGGACCCCCUUCCCGCCGGUCGGGUCCACCCCGGCCUGGGAAAACCGACUACGGGACGGCGCUAUCACGGCGUCGUCUUUUUUCUUUUUCAAGGAAUGACUUUUUUUAAAAAGGGGAUCGAACGAGGAACUCGGCAGCGCGUGGCUUCCGGUCCGACCGGCGUCGGGGUUCAAGUGAGGCUCCACAGCGGGCUCAACGCUUUACCCGGAUCUCUUCUGUUCUCAGAAGCCGGAGGUGAGACCGUCUCGUGAGAGAGGAAAAAAAAAAAAGGGAGGUUAGACACCCUCCGUUUGCCCCAGUUGCAAGAAAGGAAGGAAAAAGGCCGGGGUUUGGGAUGGUAUUUUUGGCCCUGGGGGUUCAAGGGAGCGGGGGGAGUCGAGGCCGUAGAUUCGAGGCCGUCUUGGGUGCCCGGGGGUGGGUUGUUACCUGUUACCCCUUCUGGGCUGUGGACGUCUUCUCCCCCCCGGCCCCGCUUUUGAAAGACGUUUUGAGCGUCGCGGUCGUAACCUAGUGGAUAGUGGAAUAUGCCCAACGUCGCCCUGGGUUCGGAAGGGCUCGAUGGGAGAUCGACCGGCCCGCUUUCCACCCCGGAGCGCCGCGACGCUGCCAGAGCCCCGGUCGGAAGGAGGGCGCGGGAUGAAACCGGGAGAGUGCGUGGGGCGGGAGCCGCCGCCGUCGUCGGCACUACGUUUUCUGAACGCCGACGGGGGGGUCUCGUCUGUUCGGCCCGGGGGCCCUCGCCGGAAAUCCCGUUGGGGAAUUCUGGCCCCGCGGGGUCAGAAGGAAAAGUCUUUGCUUUAAUGAAGCCGACAGACGUGCGUGACGCUGAAAAAAUCCCUCCUUCCCGCUGUGGGGAAGCCACGUGAGCUGGUGUCUCCUUUAAAUAACCCAAAACGGUACCCGUUAAGCGUCCGGUUUUAGGGCGUCCGCCCGCGAAGCGUAAAUUACGGCCGGUCGCGAGCACAAAGAAGGGGCGCCUUGGCGUGCCGGCUCGCCACCGGACUCUCCGUCUUUAACUCCAAGAGAAAGUAGGAAUCGGCCCCGCGCGCCGCGUCCGACUUUCCCCUUAAACCCCCGUGUGAAAUGUAAUAGCCGGGCUAAGGAUGCCCCCGAGUUGGGCACAAUUUAAAAUUCCCUGGAAGUAUCGGAACUGCGGCCCAGUUUGAUCCGUCGUGCGGAGCGUCAAGUCUGACGUCCAAGUAGUUGCGACUCAACCUGGUUUAAAAACAAAUGCUGUGAGCUUGGAAAAAAAAAACCCACGCUUUUUUCCGAGAGCCAUUUUUCCUUUUUUUAAAAAACGUCUUUAUCGUUGUUUCUCAAAUUUUUUUUUUUUUUUAAAGAGGACUUUUAGAUUAAUCCCUUUGGUACCCAGUGAAGGACCAAGCGGCUUUGAGAGCUUCAUUAAAGCCGCAUUUGACAACGUUCGGAAGCUACUUCGUGACUAGACUUUGUGGCUUGGAGAAAGGGAAACGAAACCCACGAUUACGGGCUCAAGAAAGAGUGAAAAUGCAGUAGACUCUUGUAAGAGGAAGGACCCAAUUUCUGGUACGGUUGAUUGUCCUUUUUUUUUUUCCUUUUUUCCGGCAAAGCCGAAACCGUGCCCGCACUUCGGGUCUCGCUCCGUUCGAACCGGAGACGUUGCCGUGCUCCCGGGCGAAGACGGAGCCGGGAGGUAAAAUUUAGAGUCGCGUGCCUUUCUAGUCGGGUGGGAACUAAAUCCAGCCUCAAAGGGAUCGAUGUCGGAGCCGUCCAGAUGAAACCUGGCUCAGAAUUUACGGUGUUGGCAGAGUUAAACUCUGGACACCCUGCGGGGCUUCUCUUCCCCCAAAAAAACAAAACCGAAAACUCCCUCUGCGGGGAAGUACAAUGCCCAUGCUGUAUUCCAGUAAAUGUGUAUAUUUUGCAAUUGUCGGUAAUUGUAUAAAGUACCGUUAAUAAACAACUUUAUCCCGA